AGGGAGCCGCCUGGAAUCGCGCCGAGGAAAGGAGUCGCGGCGGAACACGGUCGCCUCGCCGUCGGCAUCAUCUGUGUGCGCACAUCGCAACAACGCCCGACCACGUGCUUCCAAGAGACAGCGGCUACGAGCAGCUGAGCACAGCAACGAAUCACCGCAGCUGAGCGGCUCGCCCGGCAGGGCGUCUGCGCCUCUCGUCAAAGGCAGCGCAGCGACGAUCGUCCGUGCACGAGACAAAAGUGCGCGGCCGCGCUUGUGCAGCUGAUUUCGCGAGCUGACUCGGGCACAGAGUCCGCCAAGCACUUCGGCCACCGGAAGGGCUCCGCUAGCGUCCACUCUUGCCUCCCGCCCAGCGAGGUCCACGCUGCUCACUUGGCGCGUGCGAGCUAUUUGUGGCCAGACUCUCCCUCCUCUCAUGCCUUGACGAAGCACGACUCGGAAGCGUGAACAGGCGUUCGGCGCGCGGCUGCAGUUUCUGCAAUCUCGCUUUUCGUAAGGACGAGCAAAAACUGCUCGGGGAGGCGCUGUCUCAAUUGCAACACUCUAGCUUGUGAGCUGCACGCAGUCUGCUGUUGGCACAAGCCAUCGCGAUGGGAGGCCAUACGCUUGGCAACCACGGAAGCCCGCAGUUUCCCUGCACGUGGUGCUAGCAAGGCCAUCGACCCGAAGAAGCCCUGCAACGGGCGGAACAUUGACGCAACAAAGACAACCCCGAAUCGUUCGUUAAGCCACACCAGGCUUCUCCAAGCAGCAGUGCCUCAGAAUCGGUCCCUGCAGUCACGCCUCUCGGAAAGCAAGUCUUGCGAAGCACGCUGGUGGCGCAUUUUCUGCAUUCUAGUCCUUCCAAACUUAAAAAAGAAAUGACACCUUCGCGGGACGCUUUACACUGACAGCUGGUAAGUAGGGAGCAAUGGUGUCCCCAAGUGCGCCACGCUAGGUGCGCAGCUGGAGAAAGAAGCGCACAGGGGAAAAUUUGUGCUUCUUGCACAGACCCCUGUGGUUGGUGCCCGUAUCUCCCGGCGCCAGGACGCACCAAUUCAGCGAGCCUGCCGUCGAUGUGUGCAGUAGUAUGCACGUGUACUCGCACCACCCGUUUCUGGCGCUGGCCUUCGUGGCGGCGGCAGCCGUCUUGUUCAUCUACCCGUUCGUGUUGCGAUUCAACGUCUACAAGGAGACGCUGGUGGCGAUGGCCGUGUCGGACGUUAUCCCGGUGCGCGAACGCAUCUCCACCGUCUGGUGCUCAGCUCAGGAGUUGGUGAUGAAGCACAGCUUCGACGCGCACGUGUACCGCGACUCGGACGACGCGGUGACGACGCCGAUGGGCAGGACCCUGGAGCUGUCGCUCACCAUGACGGUGCCCAAGCAGACGUACGAGUACUGGGGAUUCUACUUUGUCGCAGGCUCAAACUUCACCGUGUCCGUGUGCUCGCGGCUCUCCGGCGCCGCUUUCUCGCUCAUCCGGGGCCCGGCAGCGCUGGGAAAGUGCCUCACGGCACUCGAAACCAAGCGGCGCGGCUUAGAUGAGUCGGACGAGAAAACGGACUCGGACGAGCCCGGCGAGGACGAGUCGUCUCCGGAGUCGGACGACCAGUCGUCCACCAUCUCGAGCAGCGAGGGUCUGAUGCUGAACGAGACGCUGGGAAUCAGCGUCUGCAACAACGCGCUCUUCCACGUGCCUCUACGUUGGACGUACAGCUGCGGAACGCCCCACGAUCGCCGAGACCACCGGCACAACAUCAGCUACGCCGUAGCAGCCUCCGACUUCUACUACGUCUUCUUCGCCAGCAACCCGCCGCUUUACGUCACGCCCAACACGAUCGUCGCCGACUUCUACCUCGACAGGACGGUGUACGACGUGUCCAGGAGCUACAGUGCGGAGACGUACUCGUGCGUGAACGCGACGAACUGCUCGGUGCCCCUGGACUUUCUGUCCAGCGAGUACGUGGUGGUGGACAUGCACGGCGAGCCCAGAGGAUCCACGCGCCUCAACUGGACCUCGGACGUGCUCACCUCGCGCUGCCUGCCGCGCAAGGGCGUCUACUUCGUCUUCUACUUCGUUUUCGGACUCUUCGUCAUGAUGGCUGCUUUUCAGGGCUGAUAAACGGGCUCUGAAAGUGCGCGGCACUGCAGUGGGCCCGCAGCAGUGGGCAGGUUGCGUCGCAGUCGUCCUUCACACACCUCGCAACGCAGCAGCUGAUGAAGCUACAGCCCGCGUGACUACACACGAUGAUCUGCGCAGAUGCAGAAAAAUGUUGCGAUGGAGCUUAUUAUCAGAGAGCUCUCGUGGUCACACCUUUCGAACGUCCUCAAAAAGAACACGCGAUCAUGUUUUCUUUUUCUUCAUGCGCGAUGCCUGUCAACAAAUGUUUCAGGCGAUGCCGUUUCUAGCAGCGGACCUCGACUUCGCGUCGUAUGUAGCGUGACAGCGACGUAAUUCAGUGCUGUAGACGUUCGUAUGCUCGCAUAUACAGGAAGCGACCCCGGCGAGACGCAAGGUCGUCGUGUUCGUGCCUUUCUCGUGUGUGUUGGCUUUACUAGCGACAAAAUGUCAUACAGUAAGCAAUACCAACUAGGCCAAGAAGUUCUCCUCGAGGCGCAGUGUCUGCCCAUUGGCCACAGCUUCGAAGCAUUCGCAGGCGCAACGGCAGCCACCGGGCCUGAGACACCGGGUAAUGGUCGCUCGACUGAAACUGCCGGUGGCCAAGCACCAACGAUACCUUCAGCUUCAUCGCACGGAUGGCUGCACCACAAGAAACAGCUUCGCUUUCGGUCGACUUCCACACUGAAGCAACAGGCAUGGCGCGACGCAGCCCAACUGUCAUGUUCAGCACGCUCUGCAGGAAACGCUCGCCCACACACCGUAGUAGUCACCUAGCACGUAAGGUAUAUGGCGCUGCUGAGGCCAAGGACGCGAGUUCGAUUCCUGGAUACGGCGACCGCAUUUACAUGAAGGCGGAAUGCCCUUGUCCUUUAAUUUAGCUUCAAAUUAGUCCAGAACCCCCACGUACGACGUAUCUCGUAACCAUAUCGCGGUUUCGGCACGUAAAACUCCAUUAUUACAUUACAGAUCACCUGCAGCACGAGCUACGUCGUCCUGUAACUUUAGAUACAGAAGCAUUUCCAAUACGUGACCAAGUGGCACAAAACCUGAACGUCUUCUUCUCUAUGCAUGCACGUUGCCUCCGUCAGAAGCCUACGGAAGGUUUGAUCUUUGUUCACACUGCGGUUAGUACUCGCGAGUGGUAUAUGAGGAAGACUUUCGGUAGGACAAUCUCACUCCCGUCCUGAGAGGCAGCGCAGCACUAAGACCUGCGACAAAGCUGGACAACUUGAGCUGGACAUCCUAAACCGAGAUUAACAACUCGUUCGUGUAAUGUGCGUGAUCAGCCAGAGAUACCUCGUGUGGCUUGCGCAGCAGGUCAUGAUAAUGUCAAAGGCGUAACCGCAGAAUGCAUGUUUCACUGCAAUGUUAUUUGGUAUCAUGAAAGCGACGCGUGUCGGAGAACUUUCCUAUGAAUGAAUGAAUGAAUACCAGCUGGCGUUCUAAAAUUCACAAUCGCGCACUUCCCCUGAAUAAAAGCAUAUAGCACUUGCGUGCCCACCAUGGAUACCCUCAAGGCUGCGCUCAGAUAUAUUAAAUAGUUCAUGAGGAGGAGGCGUUGUUCCGGUUUAAUUUUGUGUAGCGCCAUGUGCCCCAUCGAAACGUUGGCAUUCACUCGCGCCGCCUUGGCGGCGCAAUGCCGCACAGCGCUGAGCACGGAUAAGCGGUGCCAGCCACACCGAUCUCGCAUGCCGUUAUUUCGUGCACGCAGAACACGAUAACAGGACGAAACGUGCCGCUUAAAGGUGGCCCACAUUGGCAUGCCAGAGAAUAAGACCUCAACUGCCAGGUGACGGCGAUCUCAGGCUGUAUAUAAGAAAGGUCAUCACAAAAAGAUUCGCAUGCUACUAUAGACGAAU